AUGAAAUUGCCGACGGCGCCGCCUCCCGCCGCGGCGGCCUCGGACGCAGGCGGCGGCUCAGGGUCGUCGCUCGCGCCGUUCCUGCUGCAGCUGCUUUCGAAGCUUUUUUCUGUGUUUUCUUCCGUCGUUCUUUCUCGCGUCUUUGGCCUGCCGGCAAACAUUCUGGCGGCCGCGGUCUUUCACCUCCCGACGCUGCAGACGACGGCGCUGUUCCUCUUGCGAGAGGGGCUGCGCCGCACGGCGACGCGGCCCAUUGGAGGGGUCGGCGAAUCCGUCCGUGAGGACGCGCUGUGCGGGGGCGAGGAGGCAUCUGACGCGCUCUCCAGUGACGAAAAGGAGGGAGCGCCGGAUGCGCGGCGCGGCGACGGGCGUGGGCUUAGGCGUGGGCGUGCGCGCGGCUCGGGCGCCAGGCGGGCUUCAUCAUCGGGCGACCGCUCUCGGGGGUCGUUCACGCGUUCGCGCCUCUUCCACGGCUCCGCUCAACGCAGUCGACGAUGCAGCAGCAUGAACCUUGCAUUCCUCGGCGUCCUCUCGUCUGCGCUCUUCUCGGCGAUCCUGGCCAUCGUCUGGCUCGCGGCCCUGCCGGAUCUGAGGAGCGCUUCUUCAGCUGACGCGUCCGCCUCUGGAGCGCCGCCGCGAGCAGGAAGGCAGUUGGGGUUUGGUUCUUUCCGCGCGCGGGGCGUUCUGGAGCCGACGCCCCAAGAGAGAAAUCACGAGCUCGAGGUCACUGAGGACGCUGCGACGGUGUGGUCCUACCGCCUCGCCGUCGGACUCUUCUGCCUCGCGACGCUGCUAGAAGCUGCCGCCGAGCCCUUCCUCACGGCGGUCGUCCUGCGGGCCUCUGAGGCGGGCGCGGGGGGUUCGCGAGGAGCGGCGGAAGCAGCCGUCUACCCCGAAGCGACUGGAGAGCGUUCGGACAGGAACCGCGCCUACAGCGAUGGAGGCGGGACCGCGCGCGGCGGGCAGCCGUCUGAGAGCGUGGUGCCGCGCGGGCAACGUCGCGGAGAGGGACAGAAGAGAGACGGAUUGUCACCAGAGUCGAGAAAGAACGACUCCGAGCCUGCAUGCAGAGGAAACGCAGCCGCCACGCGGGAUGCAGACGAAGCGUGCCGAUUACGAGCUCUCGCAGAAGCGGCCGCAACCGUCAGCAAGAUGGCCACGAUCCUCGCCCUCCUGGGGUUUCUACGGGUCAUUCGCCCCCGCCUCGUGACGCUUCAUACGAUGCAAGCGCCAGUCUGCCACGACGCAGCCGGCGUCUGCGGCGCGUCGUACGCGUCGCGCGAGCCUGCGAGCUGGGACCCAUUGGGCGGGUCUGCCCCGCCCCCCCAGUCUCUGUUCUCUGCAGCAGCUAGCCUGCUUCCUGCUCACUGGCGGCUGACUCUGGCUCUAGCGUGUAGCCACCCGCUGGCGGCCUUCGGCGGCGGUCAGGUUGUUUACUCUCUCGUCUGGCUGUUCGUCCUCGCUCGUGCGGCGCUGCAGGGCGGGGCCAGCAUGUGCGAGGGGGGCGAAGAGGAAAAAGGCGAAGCCAGAGGAAAGCGGAAAGAAGGGAAACUCCGCUUCACAUUGUUCGUGUUUAGGCGCUACCUGCAAGCCCUGCAAAACGUCUGCUGCGGGAGAUGCAGCUGCUCCUACACGCGCUGCAGACCGCACGAACGCACACGCUCUGCGAACUCUUCUGAGGCCGCGUUCCAGCCUCCUCGCGCGUCCCCUCCCCCGCCGGCCUUCUCUCGGGGCAGGGCGCCCUCCCUUGCGCCUGAAGCCGCGGAGGUCGGUGCGCGACGAGCAUCAGACUCUGCUUGGUCGCUGCGCCGCCUGCGGCGCGUCGUCGUCUGUCUUCGCGAGGUGGUUACGAGAGCGCACAUGCGUCUGUCCAGCGCGAAGGAGCACCUCGUCAUCGCUGAGCACCGGCGGCUCCUUCGCGUCAACUUCGGGCUCAUGCUGCAGAAGUUCUUGGGGACCGAAGGGGAAAAGCUUCUGCUCUUGGCUCUUCUCAGCCCAGAUGCCGCAGGCGAGUACGCCUUCGUGAGCGCCGCGGCCUCCAUCUUUUGUCGUCUUUUCUUCGCCCCCAUCGAGGAGGCUGCCUUCACCGCCUUCUGUGCUCAGCCUGUGAAGGCGACGGCACUCGCCUCCGUGGGCCCUGCAGGGGGGACGGAGACAAUGGAGCCUAGCGGGCCCAAGGCCCCGGGCCCGCGAGGGAACACGCGGCAGGAGGGAGGCCGUGGGUCGGGAACGGAGGCAAAAGAAAAUGGGGAAAUCCGCCUGAUUUCCAGGAGAAGCGCCAUUCUGCCUGUCGGAGGAAACAUGCAACACCAUCUGACAUCACGAAAAGAGGUCGAUGAUUGCUCUCUCCACCAGGCAGGAAACCUGGCGAAUUCAGGCUUGCAGCCACCCAGUGGCCUGCGCUGCCGCAGCCACGUCCAUAGUGCUGACAGGCACAAGGAGACUUGCGAAGCGGUGUAUGGUUCGUUCUGUGGCGAUGAGUCCCCCAGAGGCGGAGCUGGCCCCGCGGACGAGGGACAGGAGGAGGUCGCUUCGCCCGCAGGGGAUCGUCCCCUCCCCGACAGCAGCCUAGAAGCCGCAUACGCGUCUGACGGGGCUUUUGGGCCUUCCCUGCCGCUUCUGCGCCGCGUGCUCGCCCUGGAAGGCACCCUGGGACUUGUCGCCGCGGCCAACGGGCCUCUCUUCGCUCGGGCCGCGCUGCGGUUCGUGUACGGCCCGCGGUGGGGUAACUGUCCCGGCGCCGUCGCCGCCCUCCAAGUGUACAGCGUUUACCUCUUUCUCUUGGCUGUUUACGGCCUUCUAGAUGCCUACACCAUGGCCACGGCGUCGCCCGAGAUGCUGCGGCUUCUCCGUCGCUUGAACGGCGUGGCGACGGCGUUUCACCUCGUCGUCUCGCUGCCUUCGUGCGUCUCUCUCUAUCCCGAGCGGCAGGCCGCUGCGGUCGUGGGGAUGCAGUGUCUCUUCGCCGUGGCGAAGAUUGGUUUUUCUCUCUUACCGUUCGCCUACCGCCUCGCGAGUCUGUGGCUGAAGCCUGCGCGGAGUCUAGAGUCGCUGCGCGUAGUGAGUCACGCGUCGCCCCGCUCGAAGGUAGCGCGCGGAAGCGCCGCCUUCGACACUCAAGACAAGUCGCUGCGCUGUGCAGAGCCGCACAGCGUACGGUCAGGGCUCUUUUCGGAAACUUUUGAGACAGAACGCGACCCUCCUUCGCGGUGGCGUUCCCUCGCCGAAGCCUCGCCGAAAGGGGCACGGGGGGGGGCGAGCGCUGCUGCGUCGCCCUCCGAGUUGUGGACGCCACAGAGAGACUCGGGAGGCAGUGAGAAAGCGCGUUUCGCGAAUGAACCCUUAGAUCUGGGCAGCCUGCUUUCGUGUGUCCCCUCGGCCGCACUGCUCCUGCUACCCCCUUCUCUCGUCUCGCUGGUGCUGCCGAUCGUGUGCUGGGCGCUCUUCGCGGCCGCCGUCCUCGCGGCGGCGCGGCGGGCGCCGCAGAUGAGCUGCUCACGCAGCGAGCCUUUUGCGAAGGAGUUCUUCGCAGCGCCCGACAUGUCACCCAGCGUGCAGGACGCAAGUGGCGCUGCCGAAGAGUGUCAAUCCCACGAAGAAGGCGGUGCAGAGACUAGCGAGCGGAUGUCUUGCAGCCGCCGCAGCAGCAGAAACCGCAUAAAACGCACGCGAGACGGUUCGGAUGCCGCGGGAGGGAGGGUCUCGCAUCCCCCCAGACCGUGCGCCUGCCUGGCACAGAGAUCUGCGUGGAGGAAUGGCAGCUCGAGGUUCUGGUGGGCGCGGCCGUCGUUGCGGGCCUCGUCCUGUCUCUGGCACGGCCGUUUUUGA